UACCGGAAUAAUCUUUUUACCGACAGUUUCCUCCCCACGGAGUAGUUCCUUCCAUUCAUCAUUUCUGCCUCAGGCUUGGGGUUGAACCUUCCGGUCACUGCCCUAUAUCAUGCCACAUUGGUUUGCGACAAUAAGCUGCUGGGCCUCUUCAAAUCCGCUAUAAAAUGCCCGUCUUUCAAGCCAAAACUUUCCGGCGUACAACAACGGCAUCGUCGUCUCUUGGAGAACGCAUUGGUGCCGUAUACAGAUCCAAGCUACCCAGCCACCCGUUCCUUCUUUUUGGUCUUCCAUUUGUUGCAAUUAUCGUCGCUGGAUCUUUUGCUUUGACACCUGCUGCUGCUCUCAGAUACGAGCGCUAUGACCGGAAAGUACAGCAAAUGACUCAAGAGGAAGCCAUGGACCUCGGGCUCAAAGGCGCUGACGGAGAAGACGGGAUCAAGAGAAACCCACGACGAAGAAUCAUAGGAGAUGAACGAGAAGAAUACUAUAGGCUUAUGGCCAAAGAUUUAGACAACUGGGAGCAGAAACGCGUCCAAAGGUUCAAGGGCGAACCAGACGGGAAACUGUAAAACUGCAUUUUGAUUUCUGAAUCAGUAUUGCUCCAAUAUCACUUAUAUCGGAAUACAUGUUCCACAUCUUUCGAUUUGACUCGAUUUCCUUCGGCCUUGAACAUCAUAUUAUAUCGGUCAAUCCCAGUGCUUUUUAUGUUUGCCGGAGAACCAAUUACCUUUGUCCAGCCCGACUGUAUUCUACUUUACCAAAACAUAUUAGCGGUGGCAGCCGGCAUACCCGCCGCCCUUUUGAUACCUGAUUCGCAGAUGAUUUUUUUAACGAGUUGGCGUGGUGUUCGUCAAACGAAACCAAUCCCAGAUACAUACCAGGCCCUAUCAUAGUUUGGCUGAACAUAUACAAUACACCUGAAAAUAAAAUAAAAUAAAAUAAAAUAAAAUAAAAUAAAAUAAAACCCAUUAUGAUAGCGAC